GCGAGCCACAGCCACGGCAUUUGAGACGCUUGAAGACUUGAAGGAAAAUAGUGAUCAUGACCAGAUUGGUCGUUUGGAGAGAAAGGCUAUCAAUUCCGAUGAUGUAUUGAAGUUGGACUGGUCUUUAAAGUGUGAAAUGGCCAUAUCAUCGCCCGUGAUGAUACCUAUGCCGUUUAAAAGUUCAGAUUUUUCAUUUGAAAAUCAAUGUUCUUUGUCCUUAUCUUGUUUUCCGGGUAAAAAGGACAUCGAGUCGUCUUGGUUCUCUUCUAGCGGAUUCUACUCUCUUUUUCCAUACUACAAGUACCCAAUAAAUGCAUCUCUGAAGAACAUCUCAGACUAUUCAUGUACAUCGAUCAACGAAACCGGUUCGUCUUGGAUCGACAUCUUCAGACACGUAUUUUUCCAAUUUGAAAAUGGCCAAUUGGAUUAUUUUUAUCUCCUUCAUGCGAGCUUUACGCUUCUUUUCAUCUUCAGCUCGGGAAAAUAUGAGCUCCGAGCUCGAAUAAAAGAUAGAAGAAUAAGCUCAUCACUGGUAGAGCAAGGAAUUAUUGUGAUUGAUGACGUUGAGGAGGCGAGUUCUUCUAAGUCUUUGAUGUCAGAUGCUACGGAAAAGAUAGCUUCUGAUGUGUUGGAUGACCUUGCAGAGCUGGAGACGUUGUCUCCAGGAUCCACGUACAUUAUACUA